AUGACACAUCCCAUGAAGCGCAGUGUUCGAUUUCUCCUCGUGGCACUGGUCCGGGCCCGAGCACGACCGCCCGAGGACUGGUGGCCGUGCGAGCUUGCCACUGGUGUGGUGGAUUGGCCAAAGCUGAAGAAGCAGAUGCAGGUGAUCGCAGGCUGGGAUCCGGGCAAGUCUGCCAUGAUGCAACAGGUGCACAUCGAUUUGCUGGUGGCUCUAUGGGGGCGUGUGAAGGAAUGGCAUCGACAGGACACCGAUUGUCCCUUGGGGGAGUUGUCCUUCCGGUGGCAGCUCUUAUCAAGUCAAACCUCUCAGGAGCUGUCCGACGCCUUCCAACACAUCAGCGAAGGGACGGAGGGCACAUGGAUCGACUCCUUGAUGAAAUCUGCCUGGGAGGACCUGAUGAGUCUGUCGGCGACAUGGCAGGAGAUUGUGGAGUCGCGGUGGCCCAUCUUCAGCGCUGUGGCGAUGACAGCCGGGAAGUUGUCGGGUCGGAGGAGCCUCGAGCAAGGAACUGGAGGGGCCCAGGUGGUCAACUCUGAGCCCGGGGAUUGCAGGCACGAGGAGGAGACGAGGAGGCGCUUCGAGGAACUCUUGGACGAGGACCUCAUCGCCAGCCCGAAAUUGCUUGAGUCGGCGCUCGCCACGGAGUGGGUCCGCCGUUGCCCCGUAGCAGUUGCCACAGUGUAUGUUUUGGCAGCUGAGUUUCACAUGCGAGCCCGUGAGGACGGGUUACUCCAGCAACCCUCGGAGGCAGAGCGCGGACUUCUCCGUCGUGCAGAGGGCAAAAUUCGAGUUCAUCGAGAUAUGCGUCUCCUGCUCAGCUCCUGGCCGCUCUGGCGUGCCUUAGACCGCUUCACCUGCUCUGGCGUGAUAAAUGCCACCGUGGUCUCCGCGUUGCCGCCUGCAAAGGGCUGGCUCUGGCUCUUUGUAAGCCGAGCUCGGGCGGCCGACCAGGACCUCGUCGUCUCCAACAGGAUCAGAGCAGAUCGUGCAGUCCACUGCCCCAGGGAGUUCACGGCUGUGAUGGAACGGGUUGCUCAAAGUCAGCAAACUUCCCGCAACAAGCUGAAGGUGGUGGAGGUUGGUGCUCAUUACGGAGACUGCUCGCUUUGGGCGUCUGCUGUCUUCAGCCCGAAGGUGAGCUGUGUCGGCGUCGAGGCCGACCCUUCACGCUGGGAGCGCUUCCAGCGAGCCAAGGUGGCCAAUCGCUUCGAGGACGACACGCUUGUGGCCUUGCAUGGCUUCGUGGCCGAUCCACUGCAAAGCUCAGUGGUUCAUGACUUUCAAGAGAGCCAAUACUUCCGGUUCAUUCCCAGCAGCUCGGCUUGA